AUGGUUGCCAAGAAGGCCACGACAAGCGCGAGUUGCCCGAUUGCUACCAGCGCGUCGUCGACGGCACCGCCGAAAAUGGUGCCGCAGAAAUUGCGGCGAAAUGAGAGAGAGCGGCGACGAGUCGAUCAGGUGAAUCAGGGUUUCAACAAGCUUCGCAGUUAUGUUCCAAAGAAUCCCGGAUGCAAAAACAAGCUCUCAAAGGUUGAGACCCUUCGCAGCGCUUGCAAGUACAUCGAGCAUCUUCAAAUGCUGCUGGGCGUCACGGAAGCUCAAAAAUCGUCGAAGUCGCUUCCGCCGACGCCCGAUUGCUCGCCGAGCUUUCCGCCGCCGAUGAGCGCCAAUGGCUACCACAUGCAAUACGACUACAAUAUCUCGCCAUUCUAUCCGACGCCAAAUCAAGCAGCUCACGCUCAAAACUCGCCAGGUUCGAGCUUUUACAGUGAUUGUUCGAGUAUUUACGAUGAGCAUUAUGCUCAAUAG